AUGCGCUCCGUCUUUACCGACCCUGCACAUCGUCUCUACGUCGACGAUGCGCCGCUGCCCAAACCGUUGCCCGACGAAUGCGUGGUCCGCGUCCGUGCCAGCGGUAUUUGCGGCUCCGACUGUACAUCGUGGCGCAAGGGCUCAAUUGGCGGUCACGACGUCAAGGCACCUUUGCGGCUGGGGCACGAGAGUGCGGGCGAAAUCGUCGCCGUCGGCUCAUCCGUCCGCAACUUGAAGCUGGGCGACCGCGUCUGCAUCGAGCCAGGCAUUGCGUGCGGCAGUUGUCGACAAUGCAGGAGCGGAUGGUAUAAUCUGUGCCCGCAGGUGAAAUUCAUCAGCGUCGCCCCUUGUCACGGUACUCUGGCCGAGUAUGUCGCACAUCCUGCUUCCUGGCUGCACAAACUCUCGCCGGAAACGGACUUUCGGGAAGGAGCAUUGAUAGAACCUAUGAGCAUCGCACUCGCCUCUGUGCGGCGGGCCGAUCUCAAACUUGGCCAUAGCGUCGCUAUCAUCGGAGCAGGCUCCAUUGGGUUGAUGAUCUAUCUACUAGCAAAGGCAUCUGGCGCCACACCGAUCACGCUCGUCGACUCGUCGCAGGCGCGCUUGGACUUUGCGGUCUCUGCGCUCGGCGUGAGGCCGUCCGAAGUGGUGCGUGCAGAUCCGCAGGGGACGCACACGGCAGAGGCAGCGCGAAUCAUCGAGAGCAUGUCGGGCACGCGACCCAACAUCGUCUUUGAAUGCACCGGCUUUCCCGGCCCAGUGCACGUCGCCAUUGAAGCGCUCGAGCUCGGAGGCGUUUUGACGGAAGUGGGCAUCGGCGCCAAUGUCGACGAUCUGCCCUUCUCGGACAUGCUCCACCGUCAGAUCGACCUGCGCUUCGUCAUGCGCGCAAAUUCCUGCUUCGAAGACUGCGUCAAGCUGCUCGAGAACGGCAUCGUCAACCCCAGACCGCUCGUGACGCACAACUACACUCUUGAAGAAGCGCCAACCGCGUUUGCCGCCGCUUCUCAUCCUCAAGCCGGGGCGGUCAAAGUUCACAUUGUCUCGUAG